AUGACUGAAUUCCUGGUUUGUUUUAAUUGGUGUAAUGGUGAACAGCCCCAGCCGAAGAGGCGUCGGAGACUGGACCGGAAUAUGAUAGGAGAACCAAUGAACUUUGUACACACUGCGCACGUUGGGGCAAGAGAGAUGAGUAGUGACUAUUCAUCAGCUGUAUCAAUUCAGGACCACAUGAAGUCUAAAGGUGGCUACACAAAUGGCACUUCUGCAACUGUUGAGAUAUAGGAAACUGAGAGGAGGCUGAAAUCUGCUCUGUCUAUGAGGACCCCCUGGACUGUGUUUUCAUAUUCUCAAAAACCUCUUUAUCAUUGAGUAGGAGAGUACUUGAAUUAUAUAUAGGUCAGUGCAAGCUUUGGUGUUCUUUGCGCAAUAGCUUCUGAAGGAGUUAUUGUAAAUUAUCCUUAAAAUGGUCUGUCGUGGUAGUGUUGUAGUAGCAACUGUAAUUUCUCACUGUGGAUGAUUUCCUAGCUGUGUCUCAAAAACUUCACAAAGUUGUCUUGUAGGAUGGGAUUAGAAGUCAGUAUGAACUGUCUGGGGUUUUCGUCUCCGUCUUUUUUUCCCGUCAAGAAAUGCAGAGCUUGAUUUAAUUGGAAGAUACCACAUGUUUGCACUUCUUA